AUGUUUAGCCCAAUAGACGAGUCUGAGGAUAUUGAGAUGCCCUAUUGUCUGGUGACUUGUGGUUCUUUGGAAGUGUUAAGGUUAUGUUUGCUCGGAUAUCAUCUAUGUUUGCCUAAGAUUACAGGGUUUUCUGCACUUAGGGUUCUUGAGUUGAAUGAUGUUACAUUAAAAAAGGGUGAUUUGGUAAAAUAUUUUCUUGAAAGCUGCCCAUUGCUUGAGGAUUUGAGUUUGUUACACUGCUAUGCUGAUAAACUUGUUAUUGCAUGUCCGAAGCUCAAGAAUCUGAGAAUUGAAAACCGGGAAAGAGUUUUUGAUUAUGAAAUAGAAGAUUACAUAGAUUGUAGGAUGAGUUCAAGUGUUACGAUUUGUUGCCCAAAACUGGUGCUUUUGAACUUAACUGGCUCUGUAUCUCGUGAUUUUAUUCUCUACAAUCUAUACUCCUUGAAGAAAGCUGUGAUUCUCUGUAGAGACUUUCUUAAUCAGUUGGAUCCCCCUUGUGAUUUUUUUGAAAGAAUAUCUCAAGUGGAAUCUUUGUCCAUCAGCCUUUACUGUGUGGGACAGUGCUAUUGGCCAGAAGAAGAUGAGCCUGUAUCUCUACCUAAUCUCGAGACUUUGGAGAUAACAGUUGAUGCAGUGCAUAGGCUCAUCCCAUUUCUCAAAUGCUUUCCGGAUUUAGAGUCUCUUCAUUUGAUCUUUAUAAACGAAUCCUCACUUUUGGACCUAAUGGAAAAGUUUUUUUAUCGAGCGGACAAGUGCAAAUUAAAAAAUGCUGCAACAAUCAACUUCGUGACUCCUCGUCUUAAAAAGGUGGAGUUUCAUGAUUAUGAUGAAGAACAUCUAGCUUUAGCACGUGCCUUAUUUGAGAAUGGAAGUGCAUUGGAGGAAAUGGUUUUCAUUUGGGUUGAUGAAGCCAAGUUCCAUGAAAAGUCAUUGGAGACUAUGAAUCAAGUCUCAAACUUUCACAAGGCUUCUUCAAAUGUCAAACUUAGAUUUGUAAUCAACCCAAGACAAGCCGAAUCGAUAUUGGCCCCAAGAAGAUUUGAAGUUGACUCAAGCAACUACUGCAUCUAUAUAAUCAAUAACAGACCCAUGGAUAAAUCCAAGCAAGCAAAUGCAUCAGAAGGAGAAGAUGGGGUUGAUUUGAUCAGUAACUUGCCAGAUCAUGUUCUUCAGCUGAUUCUUUCAGGUAUUCCAAGUACUGAAGAAGCAAUUCGAACAAGCAUUUUGUCAAGAAGAUGGAGGCAUUUGUGGACUUCAAUUCCAUCUAUAGACAUAGAUUAUACCCGAGGAUUGGAUCCAGACAAGGAAUUGGAAAAUGAGUCUGAGGAUGUUGAGGUGCCCCAUUGUCUGGUGACUUGUGGUUCUUUGGAAGUUUUAAGGUUAUGUUUGCUCGGAGAUCGUUUAUGUGUGCCUAAGAUUACAGGGUUUCCAGCACUUAGGGUUCUUGAGUUGAAUGAUGUUACGUUAAAAAAGACUGAUGUGUUAAAAUAUUUUCUUGAAAGCUGCCCGUUGCUUGAGGAUUUGACUUUGUUACACUGCGAUGCUAAUUGUCUUAAUAUUUCAUUUCCGAAGCUCAAGAGUCUGAGAAUCGAAAAUCGGGAAAGAACUUUUGAUUAUGAAGUAGACGAAUUCAUAAAUUGUCGAAUGAGCUUCGAAAUUCAGAUUUCUUGUCCAAAACUGGUGUUUUUGAAUUUAACUGGUUCUCUAGCUUGUCAUUUUUUAUUUGAAAAUCUAUACUCUUUGAAGAAAGCUGUGAUUCAUAUUAAAGAUUUUUUUCAAUUGGAAGAACCCACUUUUGAUGUUUUUGAUGAACUAUCACAAGUGGAAUCUUUGUCCAUCAGCCUUUACUGCAUCGAACAGUGCUAUUGGCCAGAUGAAGAUGAGCCUAUAUCUCUACUUAAUCUCAAGACUUUGGAGAUAACAGUUGAUGACCCGUACGGAGUGCAUAUGCUCAUCCCAUUUCUCAAAUGUUUUCCUGAUCUAGAGUCUCUCCAUUUGAUCUUUAUAAAGUAUGUUUAUGGAUUGGAUGAGUUGAAUCUAAAAGAUGCUGAAACAAUCAGCAUCUUGACUCGUUGUCUGAAAAAGGUUGAGUUUCUUGAAUUCGAUGAAGAAAAGCCGAAACUAGUGGUAGCUCGUGGCUUAUUGGAGCAUGGAAAGGAAUUGGAGGAAAUGGUUUUCAGUUGGAGUGAUGAAGCCAAGUUCCAUGAAAGGUCAAUGGAGACUAUGAAUCAAGUCUCAGAAUUUCACAAGGCUUCUUCAGCUGUCAAACUUAGAUUUUUAAUCAACCCAACCUAA